ACAAGAAAUUUGGGAGACUUGAGUUCCUAUUUGAAGAAGAAAGCUGCUAGUUAAUUACUGCUGUUAAUGGUUGAUCUAUAGUAAAGAAACCCGCUUGAGGCUGUAUCUCUCCAGUUUGUGUUUUUGAAGGAACUUUACAAGAGCAUCUUUAGAAUAAGAAAAUGUGUGGUGGUGCACCAAAAGCUACGAAUGGCAGGGAGGGACGAGUAGAAAGAGCAAGAAAUAACAGCGAUGUACUACUCGGAAAUACUCUCUCUCAUACCAAACUGGAUAAAAGGAUUAGAAAACCUUUGGGAGACCAAAAUGUCAGCCGUGUGAGCAGAGACACUAAACUGCUGCAAGACAGCUGGUCCUGCUCAGAGUUUGAUUUGAAUGAAAUCCGCCUGAUAGUUUACCAAGACUGUGAGAGAAGAGGCAGACAGGUCUUGUUUGAUUCCAAAGCAGUCCGUAAAAUUGAUGAAGCUGUGAUUCAGAAAAUGACAGAGGAUGCCUCUGCAAAGGCUUCUGCCAAGAACUGCCAAGCAAGCAAUGGGAACAAUAAUGCUUCUUCACGUAGUCCCUCAAUAGGUUGUAUGCAAAAUAUCAAAGAGCAAAUACCCAAGUAUCAGUAUACCAGACCGGCCUCUGAUGUCAACAUGCUGGGAGAAAUGAUGUUUGGCUCGGUGGCAAUGAGCUACAAAGGCUCCACCUUGAAAAUUCACUACAUACGCUCUCCCCCACAACUGAUGAUAAGUAAAGUCUUCUCAGCCAGGGUAGGAAGCUUCAGUGGAAGCAACAAUAACUUACAAGAUAGCUUUGAAUACAUCAACCAAGAUCCCAGCCUGGGAAAGCUGAGCUCUAAUCAGAAUGGUUUGGGAACCUGUCGCAGUGGAAGUAAUUUAGGUGUGUUACAGCUGUGCAGCAGCAAGCUGCUGCAGGGUGUGUCUGAAGGAGGCCCCCUCCGGCUCAUCCGCAGUGCUUCUUUCUUUGCAGCACACAGCACACCUGUUGAUAUGCCAAGCAGAGGACAAAAUGAGGACAGAGACAGCGGCAUUGCUCGGUCAGCAUCUCUGAGCAGUCUUCUGGUCACUCCUUUUCCAUCUCCAAGCUCUUCAUCAUCAUCUUCUAGCAGCUAUCAGCGCCGCUGGCUUCGAAGUCAGACAACCAGUUUAGAGAACGGGAUUAUCCCAAGGUGGUCCACUGAAGAAAUGUUUAGUAUGGCUGAUGAAAGCUGCAGCUCCAAUCCUGCAAUGGUUCGGAGGAAAAAAAUUGCAGUCAGCAUAAUCUUCUCGCUGCCUGAAAAAGAAGAAGCACAGAGACACUUCCAGGAUUUCUUUUUCUCUCACUUUCCUCUUUUUGAAUCUCACAUGAACAAACUGAAGUAUGCAAUAGAAAAGGCCAUGAUCUGCUGUAGAAAAAUAGCGGAAUCCAGCCACAGAGUGCAGGUUUAUAUCAGCCGUGUCAUGGAUGCCCUGGGAGAAUUUAGAAUCACCAUCUGGAACCUGUAUUCUGUUCCAAGGAUUGCAGAGCCUGUGUGGCUUAAUAUGAUGUCCAACACCUUGGAAAAGAACCAGCUAUGCCAGCGUUUUCUUAAAGAAUUUACAUUUUUGAUAGAACAGAUCAACAAAAACCAGUUCUUUGCUGCUUUGUUAACUGCGGUGCUGACCUAUCAUCUGGCUUGGGUGCCAACCGUGAUGCCAGUUGACCAUCCUCCUAUCAAGGCCUUCUCUGAGAAACGCACAUCACAGUCUGUGAACAUGCUGGCAAAAUCCCACCCGUACAACCCUCUCUGGGCACAACUUGGUGAUCUUUAUGGUGCCAUAGGCUCUCCAGUUAGGUUGACGCGGACUGUUAUUGUGGGAAAGCGCAAGGAGUUGGUGCAGCGGCUGCUCUAUGUUCUAACUUACUUCAUUCGGUGCUCUGAGCUGCAGGAAAACCAGCUGACGUGGAGCGAGAAGGUUGGGGAGGGAGAGCAAGUGCUAAACGGAAGCACAAUCACCACCGUGCUGGAAAAGGGAGAGGUGGAAGAAUCUGACUAUGUCGUUGUCACUGUUAAAAAUGAACCUGCUCUGGUGCCUCCAAUCCUACCUCCAAAGAACGAUGGAAGUAAGAGCAGUUCAGGUGCUGAGUGGGUGCGAGCCUCGGAAGGUGCUCACGCUGCACCAGCUGCCUCCAAGGAGAAGACUGAUGCAGCGGGAAAGGUCAGUCAGAGCUCUGAAGCAUCUGCAGACUCUCUGACCAGCCUUUUCCACAAAGGAGCAGCUGAUGGCAAGAGAAGGACUGUUGCUGAGACGGACAUCCUAUCCUACCACUUUGAGGAACCAUCAAAGUUGGAGGAUUUGGAUCUAAAGAAGAAUCAUAUGGAAAGCAAAGUGGAAAAGCAGCUGCCUAGUAGGUCAUCUGCCUUACCUUGUCCUGAAAGGCCUGACCACAGGAGUUCACACUUGGAAAAGGUCACCUUUCAGAUCGGAAGCUCUGCAUCACCGGAGUCAGACUUGGAAGCUCAUAGAAGAGAAAUGGAAAAGAAUCUGACGGCAUUCAGAAAAAAUCCGGAGGAGAUGUGCUGUGCCUCAAGUCCCCCCAGUCCGGCUGUGGGUAUUUUACAGAAUCAACAAGAAAGUGGGGAAGCUGCUUUCAUUGCCUGCACUAAACAUAGUGUUUGUUAUGCACAGGCUCCACCUUCUGAGGGAAAGAGUGAACUUAAUGACCAACAUGUAGAAAGUAAAGAAAUGGAAACUGAUUUAGCAAACCCAUCUAGUGAACCGCUUUCGGGCGCAGAUAAUGUCGUGACUAUAGAAAUACCAAAUGUGAAAGAAUCUAGAACUUUAAGCUCUGACAAUCCAGAGAGCUGUUCACCUGAUGGUGCACAAGUAGCUGCUUCUGUCAGACAGGAUUCUCCUCACGUAGGUGCUAAAGAUGUCCCCUAUGGGGAUACUGGUAGGAAAAUUCCGUUCAGAGUGGAAGGGGACAUUCCAAGGAAUGAGAGCUCUGACAGUGCUCUGGGAGCCAGUGAUGAAGAAGGGGAUUGUUGUAUCUCUGAACUUCAUCAGGACAACAUCGGCAAAAGACUAGAAGAGUUUGCAGAAGUGGAGCUUCCUUUACCAAGGUCAAACAUGAUCAGCAGUCAGUGCAUGAAAAAUUUUGGAAGAUCCCUGCUGGGUGGUUACUGUCACACCUAUAUGCCCGAUCUGGUGCUGCAUGGAAUAAAUAACGAUGAAAAGCUCAAGCAAUGCCUGCUAGCAGACCUGCUUCAUUCGAUGCACCAUCCAGUGCUAGAUGAGCCCAUCGCUGAAGCUGUCUGCAUUAUUGCAGACACGGAUAAAUGGAACGUGCAGGUGGCUACGAGCCAGAGGAAGGUCAUGGACAACAUGAAGCUGGGCAAGGAUGUCUUGGUGUCUAGUCAAGUAUCCAGCUUAUUGCAAUCUAUUUUGCAGCUUUACAAACUCAACCUCCCAGCAGACUUUUGCAUAAUGCAUCUUGAGGAUAGACUGCAAGAGAUGUAUCUCAAAAGCAAAAUGCUUUCAGAAUAUCUGCGAGGACAUACAAGAGUGCAUGUAAAAGAACUAGGAAUUGUAUUGGGGAUUGAAUCCAAUGACUUGCCUUUGUUGGCUGCGAUAGCAAGUACUCAUUCCCCGUACGUUGCUCAAAUACUCUUAUAAAUCACAAUCUCAGGAUAGUCGUUCCCUUAAAGUAAAGAAUAUGGGAAUCUUGAACGAAGAACAGAGGUGCCAAACACUGGUCAAGGGGAACAGUGAGGAGAGCGGGYGACGGCUGCGCCUUCUGCCACCUCCAGCUUCGGAUGCCAGCGGGGUGUCAGUUUACAUAAUGUAAAAAGCAUUCAGGUUUUUCUAACAAGCUCACUUCUGACCUUCACCAAGAAGGUGACUGCAUCCUUGCAUUUUAUUGUUGUUGUURUUAUUAUUAUUACUACUGUUUAAAGGAUGAAAGUUAACACUAUGGCAGCCCGCAAGCUGCCCUCGGAAACGCUGCUCAAACGGUGAAGUAACAGUUACAAGAACAAAGGGGGCAGGCA